AUGAAUUCAUCAUGCGUAACUGUGUUAGAUGAGGAUUCUUCAUUAAAACUGGUGAUUCCAGAAGCGUAUGUCAUAAAAUGUUACUCUUACACACCAGUCAAUGAUUAUUAUAACAUAUUUGCAGCAGGUCAGAUUUGGAAAGUUAAGACGGAGAAAAUAAAUGAUAAUUAUGUUUUUACAAAAGGUUGUCCGAAGUUAUUUCAUGAUCUUGCGAUAGAAGAUGAUGAUAUACUGUUGUUGAUGAAGAUGGAUAGCAACACAUUUGAGUUAAAAAUUUAUGGUCGAGGAGUUGAGGUUGUUUUGACCAACAAAGAUGAAAGUGAAGAUGAGUCUCUACUAGAAAUACCUAAAGACACAUACUACAAAAACGUUCAGUUUAUUAAUGAAGGUAGUAAAAAAGAGGAGGUGAAUAAAAACAUUGCUGGAAAAGAAAAGUCGAAGGAAGAAACAAAGAUUUCGUUGAGAGAAGAGACAAACCAACCAACAAAUGAUGAUGUUAAGAAGAAAGGAAAACAGGUUGAGGCAUAUUGUCAUGCGGAGGACAGUAAGGAGCUGAUAUGCGGGACAUAUGUUGAAAUACCAAACGUCUCAACAGUUGGAGAGAGAACUCGGAACCGGUUGGUAAACGAAAAAAGAAAGAGAAAUGAUCAUGCUUUGAAGAUAUUGGAUGUUGAACGAAAAGUUGUUGCAAGGAAAAAUACUGUUGAGGAAAGUGGUAAAUAUGAAUUCACAACCAAAGGAGAAAACCGCAUGAGAAUGCUUGCUAAUGUUGUAAGAUUUGCCGGAUUCAGAAAUAAAGUGCAUGAGUUAAAUGUGACAAACAUGAAUGGAAAAACCAUCGACAUGAAUCUUAGACGCCAGAAGAAUGGAGAUGGUGUAAGGUAUGCAAUCGAAGGUUGGCCGAUGUUCAUGAAGGAGAAUGGCCUUCGUUUGGGUGACACAAUGCAUUUCACAUAUAUAAGUUCAGGAAAUCUCCUGAUCUUAUCACAAGUGGAUGGGGUUAAUGCAGGUUAA